UCUUUCCUGAAUCUGGUAACCUUAUGUAGCGGAUUGUUUGUUCGGCUUCGGGUGUCACCCGCUUUGUAAUUUAGUGAUAAUUAUAGAAAUAAUCAGUGCAACUGUUGUUUAAGUGAAAAGAAAAUGAUUUAAUGAUAGUGAAAUGAGUCUACUAUCACAAUAUCUUACGAACUUUAUGUAAAAAGUAGCAGCUUCCGCCAUGACAAUGGGCCAUACCGACGGGAAGUGUCUAGCGAUUCCUGUUCUAUAUUUUGUGUGUAUUGCGUUGUGUUAUUCAAUUGUAGGUCUGGACGCAUCCGAAUUAGAUGUAGCACCAAAAGGCGAGAUUGGCGGGCAAGCUAACUUGACGUGCUCUGUGAAAGCAGAAACGGCGAAUAUAACGUGGAUAUUUAAAGAAAAGGUUAUAGAAGAAGACGAACGAAUAAAAGAGAAGGUGAUAACAGUAUCGGGAAAAGAUGUAUAUGACACGCCAGUCAAAUUAACAAUCUCUAAUUUAACAAUAACGAAUGCCACGAAAGAAGACGAGGGGAAUUAUACGUGUAUUGCCAAAUUAGAUAACGAUGAAGAAACUACUAAAGUUAUGACACUUGAUAUGCGCUUCCCUGGUAAACUGGUCAAUAACACCAAGGGACCUCUAGUACAGAAUACCACUAAAGCUACCGAAAAAAGUGCUAGUGUAGACCUUUUUUGUAUAUUUGAAGUGUACGACAUGCCUACCGAAGUACAAUGGUGGAAGAAAGCUGAAAAAGGUUAUGAUUUUGGCGGCAGAACAGCGGAGCCUAUUAACCUGAGGCAAAUAAAGAGCGAAUAUAAACUUCAUAUCGACAAAGAAGCCAAUGGCACGUACAUCUGUGAGAUAUUUGAUAAAGUCAGCUUAAAAAACAUAUCCGGCGAGACUGACAUAAUUGUAUAUGCAGAACCAGAGAUCAAAAUUAAUAGCGUUGUACCUAUUAACACAACACAACUCUAUAUUAAUUGGACUGUACAUUCAUAUAACUUGCCUGUAGAUGCUUAUUAUUUAUAUAUAAAAGAGGUAAAGGCCACCAACGGAACUGACGGCUUUGAGCUUCUCCCCGUAAAGAUUGAUAUCAGAAACACGUCGUACAUUAUCAAGAACCUUACGAAAUCUGCCACAUAUAAAGUUAAACUUCAUGUAAAAACUAGAAUGGGGGAAGCAAAUGAUAAUUUCACUGAUGCGGUGACAACUCUGGACAAAGAGCCCAUGUUUAUUCCAGAAAUUUCCAUAAAUGGGUUUUCAGCUACUUCGGUUACGUUAGGACUCAUGGCACCGCCCACAGUGAUAGCAAAUUUGAUUCACUACUACAUACUCGAGGCGAAGAAAAAAGGUGAAACUACACCUCGUCAAGCAUACCACUCUCGGGACAAUAGGAACCUUCCAUACAUGUUUGAUAGCUUGGAACCCUACAGCACUUACAUUUUUCGGGUGCGUGCAUGUUCCGACUACACCAAGACCUGCGGGGAGUGGUCGAAAGAGAAGGAGGCGGCAACACUAGAUGGUAUACCGGGGAAACCCAGCGAUGUGCACAUAAAUUGCACCACUAGUCGCGUUGUGAUACUCACGUGGAAGCCGCCGCUGAAACCCAACGCUGAAAUUAAAGGAUACACAAUGGAACUGACGGGCAAUGCAAAUUUCAAAGAUCGUUACGGUAACAUGAAGGAAGAAAUAUGGGGACCAUUGACUAAAUUCACCACUAACGAUUCUCGAAGUAUUAGGGUGGACGGGCUGCAGCCGAACACGAACUACACUGUGCGGCUGAGCGCCAUGACGCGCAUGCGGCGGCGCGGCGACCACGACACGCGGCGCUGCGCCACGCCGCCCGAGCCGCCCGACGUGCCGCCGCGCCCGCGCUGGCGCAAGAUUCACGACACGAAUAAUAAUAAAUAUUAUUUUAAAAUGUUUUUACCGAGAAUCACAGAAAGAAAUGGACCUAUUUGCUGCUAUAGGGUGUUUAUGGUCCGUCUUCUACCGGACAUGGACUGGAAAAACCUCCAGCAGCCUCCGGAAAUCAAUAUCAUACAGUACGAGGAGGCGCAUGCGGUGCAACCUGUUAUCGGUGCUUACCUCACAGACAUCAUAUCCAAUGAGAAUUUUCCAAAAGAUUCCGAAAUAGUGAUGGGCGACGAUCGCUCAAUAGAUGACAGGGGGCAUCCGUCGCUCGCAAACGAACAGUGCCGCCGCUGUCGGUACACACCACACCGUAACGAAGUGACCACAACCUCGACAACAGUGACCACGGCCGCGCCCACCACUACCGCCGACCCUCUGUUAGAUGAGGACGAUAUCACUACGGAGACGCCGCUGACACGCCGGAGGAGAGACUCCGAUGGUGACUAUAGCAAAGACGCCAUAAUGUCGGAUAAGGUUGUCGACGAUAACGACUAUUCAGAUAUCGCCAUUAAAGUGAAAGAUGGACCCCUUAACUCCGCCUCCAAUUACACCCUGUUUGUGGAACUUAUCCCGCGCGCGCCGCUGGCCGCGCUGUACAGCGAGUACGUGCACGUGCUGCUGCCCGCGCCCGCGCCCGCGCCGCCCGCGCCCGCCUUGCAGCGUGCGCUGCAGGUGAGCUGCGCGGCGGCGGCGCUGGUGCUGGCGGUGGCGGUGGGCUGGUGCGUGCUGCACUCGCGCCGCUCGCGCAAGCUGCCGCCGCACGCGCACCUCGAGAUGAACUCGCUGCAGCGAGUCUACAGGUAUGUCGUGGAACACAUCGGCGGUCGACAGCAGCUGGUAACAGCGGCCCCGCCCGACAUGCCGCCCAUCGCCAAGGAAGACCUCGCCGCUGCAUACGCCGAGCGGCAGCUCGACUCAGACUACGGCUUCCAAAAGGAAUUCGAGUUGUUACAGAUGCUGCCCGAAUGUUUCCCGGAUCGUACAACCCACGCGUCGGAGGCCCGGGAGAACCAGUCAAAGAACCGAUAUCCGGAUAUAAAGGCCUACGACCAGACCCGGGUGAAGCUCUCGCAAAUUGAUAGCAUCACCGGAUCGGACUACAUCAACGCCAAUUACGUCAUGGGUUACAGGGAACGCAAGCAGUUUAUUUGCGCGCAAGGCCCUACGGACACUACCGUGAAUGACUUCUGGCGGAUGAUAUGGGAGCACGGAUUGGAGCUGAUCGUGAUGCUGACCAAUCUCGAGGAGUACUCCAAGGUCAAGUGUAGCAAGUACUGGCCGGAGGAGCGAGGCACCAAGAACUUUGGCAACAUAACUGUACAGCACGUGGGCGAGAAACGAUAUUCAGAUUAUAUAGUCAGAGAGCUGAGGAUUACAAAACAACCAACCAACGCAGAUGGACAGCCAAUAGUUGAAAACAACGGAAUAGCUAAAAGAAAUGGAGAUUGCGGCGGCGGCGGCGAGGCAGCAGAUGGCAGCAGGCCGACGACGCCGCGCGAUUCCAAGGAAGAGUCCCGCUGCGUGCGUCAGUACCACUUCCUCAUGUGGAAAGACUUCGCCGCGCCCGAGUACCCGCACUCUAUACUCAAGUUCAUCAAGCGCGUGAACGAAGCGUGGUCGUGGAUGGUGGGGCGGGCCGUGGUGGUGCACUGUUCGGCCGGCGUGGGCCGCACCGGCACGCUGGUGGCGCUCGAUUGCCUGCUCGACCAACUACGGGCCACCGGACACGCCGCAGUCUUCAACACCGUGGCCGAGCUGCGUCGCCAGCGGAACUUCCUCGUACAGUCGCUGAAGCAGUACGUGUUCGUGUACCGCGCGCUGGUGGAGUACGCGCAGUACGGCGACACGGAGAUCCCCGCGUCGCGGCUCAAGAGCGCCAUCGACCGCCUGCGGAACACGCCCGAGGGCGCCGACAAGUGCCUCAUGGAGAUCGAGUUCGAGAAAAUGAUAAACAGCCCGAUAGCGGAGCCGGUGAAGUCGUGCGCGGCGGGCGCGGCGGAGGAGCUGCGCGCGCGCAACCGCAGCGGCGACUGCCUGCCCUACGACCGCAACCGCGUCAUCCUCGCGCCGCUGCCCGCGCGCGACUACUCCACCUACAUCAACGCCUCCUUCAUCGAAGCAUACGACAACUCAGAAGGGUUCAUCAUCACGCAAGACCCACUGCCUGCCACCAUCAUGGAUUUCUGGCGAAUGGUCUCCGAGCAUAAUGUCUCCACGAUUGUAAUGCUUAGCGAGCUUGGCGAGGGCAAGUGUCCGCGGUACUGGGAGGACGGCACAGCGCAGUACGAACACAUCUCGGUGCAGUACGAGGAGAGCGAGUCCUGUCCCUACUACACGCGGCGCCAGUUCCGUGUCACCAAUAACAAGAGCGGCGACACGUCGAGCGUGCGGCAGCUGCAAUACCAGGGCUGGCCGACGGCGCCGGGCCACGUGCCCGAGGUGACGCGCGGGCUGGCCGAGCUGGCCGACGCGGCCGCGGCCGCCGACGGCCGGCCGCCCAUGCUCGUGCACUGCCAGCUGGGCACGGAGCGGUCGGCGCUGUUCGUGGCGCUGUGCGUGCUGAUCCGGCAGCUGCGCGUCGAGCGCCGCCUCGACGUCAACUGCGUCGCCAGGAAGGUGCGCUCGCAGCGCGCGCGCACCAUCAACACCUUCUUGCAGUACGAAUUCCUACAUCGUGCCAUACUCAACUACGCCGAGCUCCACAACUUGUUAGAGGACAGUUAAGCGGCUACCACAUUGCGGGAAUGGUAUGAACCAGACCUCUAUACCGCUAGCAAAUCGCGCGACGAUUACGUUGUACCGACGGAGUGAUUAAUUACAUUAGAUUUAUUAAAACAUGUAUUGUUCUUAAGACUGGCUGUAAUUUCAAAUUGUCGUUUGUUCGAAUGAAAAAUCUCUUAUGUAACAUACGAGUGUGAAAUCUCGAAGAGUCACGGCGGAAACAUACGUAAGUUAUUUAGUAUUAUAUGAAGUUUUAUGUUUACAUUUUAAUUUACAGUAGAUUUUUUCUUAUUGAAAACUGAACAUUAUUUAUAUGACGAAGUAUUAAAAAUACAGAGUAAAAAAUAUUCUGAAAUAAAAAUGUUUUGUAUAAUAAAAAAAAAAAUCUUACACUUUUUUUCUCUUAAGCAAUCUUUCGUUUUAAUGAAAAAUAGAAUAUCCACAUAAGAUGUUUUUCAUUUCCAAUGACGAUGUAAUUAUUAGAUUGAAAAACUGUUUUCGAUCUCAAUAUCUGAUUUUUCACUUCUGUUUUUUUUUUUUUUUUUAUUAGAUAUUAUUAUACGAGGUUUGUCCGGAAAGUACGUAUAAAAGUUUUUUAAAAAUUUUAUUUUACAAUUAUUCAGGUAAAUCAAUUUUAUCCCCUUCAAAGUACUCCCCCUGUGACAUAAUGCACUUGUGCCAACGCCGUUUCCACUGUGAGAAGGCUCCUUGAAAGUCCUCUGGUUGUAGGUUUCUCAGCUGCCCCGUCGUAGCUUUUUUUAUCUCAUUUAUGUCCCCCAAAUGCCGCCCCCGAAGUACCAAUUUGGUUUUUGGGAACAAGAAGAAGUCACACGGGGCCAAAUCCGGCGAAUAGGGGGGUGUUCGGUCACCGUAAUGGAAUUUUUACUCAAAAACUCACGGACAACAAGAGAGGUGUGGGCAGGGGCAUUGUCGUGGUGAAGAAUCCAAAGCCCCUCUCGCGCCAAUUCUGGACGAACUCGUGCCACACGAGCUUUGAGGCGUCUGAGCACAUCGACGUAGAAUUUUCCAUCAACUGUCUGGCCUGGAGGGACGAAUUCUUGAUGGACAAUCCCCCGAACAUCGAAAAAAACAAUCAACAUUGUCUCGGCCCUCUCUGAAUCUUUUUAGCCACUUGUGGACGGUUGGUUCCUUCACAGCAUCAUCCCCAUAAACUGUUCUGAGAUCGGCAAAAAUUUCACGGCCAUUCUUGCCGAGUUUCGAGAGAAACUUGAUUACGACGCGCUGCUCUUCAACGGAAGCGGGCUCCAUGCCGACGGGGUUUCGUUAAGAGGUAACUUCACAGAUGGCGUGACAAGCCAGUUCGCACCGCACGGCGGUCAGACCAGAACUGAAGCAUUGUUAGGGACAUAAGGAAGGGGUCCUGCGCUUACCUGGCCUCCCCACUCCUCUUUCUCGCAUUCCAGAACACUUUUAUACGAACUUUCCGGAUAGACCUCGUAUACUUUUUAACGCGGGUCCAUAUUAUCCAUAGAACUAUUUAGACUCUGUACAAAUAUUUUGUUAUAUGUUCUAGAAUAUGAUUUGGUGCUGGUUUACAUUACGUCAGUUAGUGGCUCAGCUCGAGAUGCGUUUAGUGCUAUUACUAAUAUUAGAUUGUUGCUCAAUAAAUUUCUAAGCAGAUUAUACAAAUGUAUACAACUUUAUACAAAUGUACCAAAACAUUCCCCUAUUUCAUUUCGUAAAAUAGUACACUAUUCAGAAAAAUCAUAAUUCAUACAUACAUUCAUUUUUAACAACACGUCUGAUAUUAGAUUUUUCUGAGUUAUUGUGUAAAUGGAAAAUAAUUUCACACAUCACGAAAUGAAAAUAGCAAUCGUUUAUAUGCCUAGACAUUUCCGCUAACUCUGUGUAAACAAUGCCAGUUAUCAGCUUUAUCUAACUGACGCCUAUAACUGGCCUAAUGUAAAUGUAUCCUUAGAGAGCAAUCUCGGUUCUCAUCAGACUCUCUGUGUAUCAAGAGACAAAGAGAUCCGAUUUUACCAUUAAUUUACCUCCCAUUUUUUCUGUUAUUUAUUUAAAACCUAACUGCCCGAUAUGUACCCAGAGAGUUCUUUUUGGUUUAGUAUUAAUUUUAGUCGAGGAAUAUACUAAAUCAAUAAUAAAUGAAGUAUUUUCAUACCGUCAUUUAUCUUAUUAAAAUUAAAUAUUCGAUUAACAAAAAUUAUCUGAUUAUUCUACGUAAUCGCCUGUCGAUGCCGAGUGGUGACAUGGGAAAUUUGUUUCCGGCCUAUAUUUUGUACACCCAUAAAUGGUGUAUAUACUAAUAUUUAAAUUGGUUUUUAUGCCAUUCGGAUUCAAUGAAUAAUUAGUAAUAUUUCUACUAAAGUCUACUAUAUACAUUCUUAAAUAAUUCGAUUUUAAAAACAAUAUUUGUAUAUUGUUAGAAAAGAAGUGUUUAUUUUUUUAAUGCGGAAAAAUAAUGAAAUAAAUUGUAACAAUUUUUUCCGAAUGACAAAAAAACAAUUAUUGAGUCGACAUUUUGAAAGGUACAAUGUUUGUACGGACCUAUAAUGCUCAAAUAAGUUAACACACACACACUGAUAACUAUAUUUUGUGUCACUAACGGAAAAUAUUAAAAGAAUGUGUAGCUCACACAACGAUAGCUCGUUAAUAUAUAAUAUGCAAAAUUAGUAAUUAGUAUUUUGUAAUACUAAACUAUUGUUAAACGUUUGAAAUUAAGAUAAAAAGAAAGUGUUGUGUUGAGUGAAUGACUAUGACAAUGAUGCGUCAUUUAUUGAGUCAUGCGUCAUUGAGACAAAAGUCCCUAAAUUCAUAAAAGUGAUUCUUGAAUUUAGCACUGCUGUUAUGAUAACCAAUAUGUUAAUUUAUAUGAUACCGUAAGAGAAAUAAUAUGAAUUUUAUUAUAGUAAUGCUAAAAUGCGACAUUAAACAUUGGGCAUGAUAAUAAACUUUGGGGUCGAUUCUGAAGCGUCAUUCUCUAAAUUUAUGUCUAAAAAUAAAAUUUCACGUUUUAUAUCACAGUGAAAUUGUAAUUCUAAUGGUAAAAAUGCACUAAAUUUCUAAUGGAUUUAAGUCGAAAUUAUUAUAAACUUGGUAACAGUCCAUUAAAUAGCACUUUCGGGAAAAUCUAAUUAGAAUUAUUAAUUUUUCCCAUUCGUGUUUCUACCGUGAAGCAGUUGUGUUUGCACGGCUGUGUUUCGGUUUAAUGGGUGGGAUAUGGCGUGAAUUUACUGGGUACAGAGGAAUAACACCUGAGUCCUCGGAAUGGCAACGCAUGGGGGGUAUCAUGGGCGAAACAGUAUACUCUGUUACGUCGAUGGUACUGCUCAUGUCUAUAGGCGGUUACCACUUUCCAUCAGGUGGGCCGUCAGCUUGUUUGCCAUUCUAAGUUGUACAAAAAAAAUUUUAAAGAUAUAUUUAGAGAAUGACAUCUCAGAAUCGUCUCCAUUGAGAUGUAAUCUGCAAAAUAAAACACGCAUAUACUUUAUUAUAAUAUAAUUUGUUUUUAAUAUACCUAUAAUAUUACAAUUCCGAUAUUGUCUUUGUAUAAUGACGGUUUAGUUGUCAGUGUGUGCGUGUUAACGACACGCCGAGUGAAGCUAAUAUUAUCGAAUAUAUCACACUAAAUUAAUAUUAAGUCUAGUUUUUGUACGUGAUUUUAUAUACUUUUCUUUUGCUAGUUAAUUUAAUUAAUUGAGUUUGGUACUAGAAUGUUUACAAAAUAUAAUAUUAUUAAUGAAAUUAUAGCAAAAAAUAAAUAUUACAAUGGAUCAAAUUUGAAAUAAUGAUGCCAUUAUAAGAAUAAUUAAUUAUAAACAUAAAAUUAUUAGGAUUAAAUAUCUAUAGAGUUCUAUUGCUCUAGAAAUUCAAGCAUUCUUCCUAAAUUCAUUUUGGAUCUGAGAAAAUUCCAUAUUGUUUUUGUAUCGAUCGAGAGAGGGUCUGUUAUCUAAAAAAAAUUUUUUUGAAAUUUAAAUCGUAUAAAUUGUAUAUAACAAUGGAGUCAUUCUCUAAACUUAUUUCAAAAAGUCAAAUUUUAGAGAUAACUUUAGAUUAGAUAGAAUUAGACAAAUUCAAAUUAUAAGCGUGAUGGAAUAAAAACUGAACUGUGAUUCUCUAAAAUUUCUCCUAAAAUAGGUGGGGAUUUUAGAAAUAGGUUUAGAGGCUGAGUUCUUUUUUUUAUUCAGUAUUGAGAAUGUUACGUCAUUAAUAGUACCACACUCAAUAAUGACCUGCGGGUCUACCAUGAAAUGAAAUUCCGAAAUUUCGGACUCAAUUUCGUGUUUUUGUUUAUACCAAAAUCGGACCAAUAAAUGUAGUUUAACAUUUCGUUCGACAUACAUCCUAUCAUAAAAGUCCAAAGGAACAAUAUUUUAACAUUUUUAAUAUUUCCAAAUGGCAUGUAUUAUGUAAUUUUAACAUCAAAUUUGUGUUUCGUUCGGACCCGAAAUUUCGGAAAACAUUUCAUGGUAGACCUUCAGAUCUUUAUUCCAAUCUCACAAAUUUUUAGGUAUAUAGAUAUUUCUUAUUAGAUGCUUCGUCUUCUUUCUACUGUAGUGAAAUAAAAGAGACAGGUGACUGAAAAAAAACUCUUUUAUAAGUGCUUUUUACCCGUUCACUAUUAUUUUAAACAUCGUUAAUAUUAUUAUUUGAUUUAUUAAUGAAGUUUCAUUAAAUUUCAUUAAUCAAUUGAACAAUGUAUUCGACGUCUAUGUACAAAUGAGUGAAUAUCCGAGUAUAAGUUUUUUUUAUAACCGUAGCAUAGUAGAUAGGUAUAUGGAAUCCGCUUCGCUUCAACAUGUUUAUGCUUCGACUUUAAAUAUGUUCUUACAUCGUGCGAUAAAAUUUCUUAUUAUAAUUAAUGAUAUAAGCUUUAUAAAGUGGCAACAUCAUAGAAAUUCUCUCUUUGGAAUCAACUUCCAGCAGCAGUAUUUCCAUAACGAUACUACGUCAUAACCUUCAAGAAAAGAGCAUAUUCCUUUUUUAAAGGUCUUAGCACACCUGCAAUGCCGCUGGUGUUGUGGGUGAUCAUGGGCGGCGGUAGUCACUUACAAUUAAAAAAAUAAUGUUGUCUCUUGCAUUUAUUUAUUUAAAGAAUCACCAACGUAACAUAAGAUAUAGUGAAACAUUUUAAUACAGUAGUGAAUUGCGGCAAACUGUUUUUACAUUUAGAGCAUGUCUUGUAUUUGUGAAACAUUAAUAAAUGGAAUUUAUAUGGUACUUUAUUCCCUUAGUUAUACUUUGGAACAUUCUAGAGAUGAUAAUUACUAAAUUAUUUUAGUAAUACUAAAUGCAUAAUAAAACUACAAGUGCCUAAUUUCAAGCAAUACGAUUAUUCGUCUAAAUAAGGCGCCCUCUAGCGUGGAAAGUUUGAAAACACUUACUAGAGGAUAUAUUUGCCUUCCGAUUCACGAAGCAAGUGGCAAUUUAAAAAAAUCUGUCCUUUUAAGCCGAGAUACGAUUUUAGUAUCUCCGGAGGGUAAUCAACCGUUGUCAAACUGAGCUAGCAGCGCUCAACGCCAAUCGAGCAAUGACUCGUCAAGUUUAGCAACUUCGCACGAUCGCACGAUGCAAGAAUACAUGCAACCAGCGACAACGCUUCCAAACUUAUAUAAGUUUUCCGAAUCGCCACUUUGAAAAGGUCAACAUUAAAUUCGAAAAACUUAUACAAAUUAAUAAUAGCAUAGCGGUAGAUCUGUCAUAGUAUAUUAUAUAGUAGUUUUUUUUUUUUUUUUUUUUGGUAUAGAUACUAUCUGAUCCACUCAACUUGGCACUUUGCAACUAUUGUAGAGUGAAAUAGAAAUAGUAGUUAGCCUUUUAAGACCGUGUUCUGUCAAGAUAAUUGAAAAAUGCUUAAUUUGAAACACUAAAGUUUAUAGCUUCCCAUAUUUGACGAGUGUACGCGUUAUUAUGGGGGAUUAAUUUUUUUUUUUUUUUACCAUCUUUCACAUGUUUCAUGUUUUUCAAUUUUAUUGGUAGAACCUGUACUUAAAAUGUUUCUCGCGAUUUCUAUUUCAACCUGUGUUUACCACGAUAAUUUAUAAUAAACCGUUGUAUGUACAGAGUGAGGGAGCUAGAGUGAGACGUGUCGAGUUAAGUCGAUCGAUUUGUAAAUACCAAAAGAGAUCAUGUCCAAAGAGGAGUAGACAUUAAAAUAUCAUGGAGUAAAUGUAAUUUUUUAAAUUAUUUAUUUUGAUAAUAAUAAACAAGCGAUGGCCAUAUAGUGCAUUUGUAACCGAUUUAAGUUAAUAUAAUUGUAAAAUUAAGAUUUACGAAUCGGUGUUUAGGUUGGUUCUCAAAAGAAUCAAAACAGUAAGGCCAAAAAAAUAUUUAAAAAUAUACUUACCCCAAUGUUAGCACAAGUUUUUUUUUUUUUUAUAAAGGUGCGUGCAUAGUCUGUAAAUACUCCGUAAGUCGUAACGCAUUCAGUAGUUUUGUUUCUACAGCGAGCACGGCGCUUGAAAGCGCUUUUUUGAUGUAUUUACUAUAUUGGUUAAUAUGUUUUUUGUAUGAACAGUACAAGACCAGUAUUGUCUUGUCGAUGUACGACUGUCUAAGUAGGUAUAUUUAUUAAUUAAGCUAUGUAAUUAGAUUUUGUAUGAGCUAAACAAAAUAUACAAUGUGUUAACGUUGCUGAUUGGGAUGCAUAUGGAUUUCUCGACUGUGCUGCUCAUUUUGUCUUUUCGAUAUUUUUUUUUUAAUGGACAACCAUAAAAUAUAUAAAUGAAUUAAGUUUUAUUUGUUUGUCAAUGCGAACUAUUUUCUCCUAAUGAUGUAUUGUAGAAACAACGUAUACAAUUCCAUGGAGAUGUAUCUAAUUUUCCACUUGCUAACACAGCAUCCUGUAACAUUACUGCUGUAUAUUUAUACAAUAUUUUGUUAAUAAUAUUUGAAAAUUAAUAUUAAAUUUUUGAUUUUUACACCGCAAAAGUUUUAUGUUUUAUAAGAGAUGGGAAUUUACCCGAUUAGAUUAGACCAUUAUUUUUUACGACGGUUAGAUUACAGCGGCCGGUGUAACUUGGUCGAAACGUCGACAUAAUUCAUGUAAAUUAUCACAAUUUACCUAAAUUAAUCGCGUAAAUACUGAAAUUUAUAAGAGACCGGUCUCUUAUAAAGCAUAAAGUAUUUGAACAGCACAGUACAAUGGGACAACACAUUUUACGGGUUUUACAAACACCGUCAAAGGUCCCAAAUAAUAAUGUUCGUGUAAGGAGGACUUGCAUAUUGUUCACCUAUAUAUAGGCUUAUGGGCGAGGCUCGUGUCCAGCAGUGGACGAAUAAUGGCUGAAAAAAUCAUGAUAGGCUUAUAAGUCAUAGCUUUAAAUAAUUUCAGUUAAUUUUUUAUUUUUAACAGUACAAUGUAUUGUAUUGUUUAAAUGUAUUCACAGAUAAAUGAGUCGGACAAUCGAGUUAUGGAAUCCCCUUCCGAGAUCUCUGUUACCUGCCAAGUAUGUUGGAACUUGGAUUCCUUCAAGUAUUGCAGAGGGAAAAGGAGAUUGUUAGUAAUGGGGAUCUGACGACUCUAUUGCUAGCAAUAUACCCUUAUCAGAUCGACCUCCACGCGAUUCCUCCUGGAAACCAUCGUGGUUAAUACCUUGCUUUUUUCUGCUUUUGCUGAAUCCAUGAUGAUAGAUGAUCUGCUUUCACCCUUACCUAUCAUCCAUUAUUUGUGCUCCGCCAAUAGCGCAGGUAGGGUUACCAUUCCAUUAUGAUGCAUAAAGAACACCCUGCCCGAUAUCGGUAUACGCUAUCAGGGCACCAAUGAGCGGUUAUAGGUGUAGGUGAAAGCAAGUUAAUUAGCCCAUCGUGACGAAUUCAUUAGGAAUUAACUAUGAUAGUUUCUAGGGUGAACCGCGUGAAGUACGUCCUGGUAAGGUGUAUACCUAGCUAUGGAGCCGUUAGAUUCCCAUUACUAACAAUCUCUUUCCCCUUCGCAUUGCACUGAUCGUCGCUGUCUCGCUCUGUUUCAUGCGCGCGGUAGCGAAAAUGUGUCUAUCGAUGUAUUCGUUUGUCAUUUUUCUAUGGGUUGGGGGGAUAUCUGGUCCUUCAAUAAACCAUACACUCCAAUGAAAUUACAUACACUUUUCUUAUAUUUAUUAUGUUAACACAAUAAUAUGCAAGUCCUAAGCGUGACUGAUUCCGUAUGUUUUUUUAGCUUUUUGUAACGAUAUAAAGAUUAAUGUAGGAAUGUUACAAUCUUUUUAUAUAAAAAAAAAUCGAUACUAAGUUAGGUUAGGACAAAUUUUGUGAAAUACAGUGUGAAUCGAAGUGAGUGCAAUAUGUGUCUGACCGGCUUAGUUCACUCAAUUAAUAUAUAUGUAAUAACUCGAAGAGUGUUUAUACUGCAGGCCUACAGGCAAUGUUUUAUGUCAAAAUUAAUAACGAACAUUAUUUUUCAGUAAUAAUUUAAAUAUUAAAACGUUAAAUGCCUAUUUCAUUAUAAAAAUAUUUCUAUAAUAAUUAACUGAAACACGCAAAUUUACAAUAUAUUACACUCAUUCCGUUUGACCACUGAUAAAUACUAGAUACGUACUGUGAGCCGUUUUUGUUAUUAUAUGGUAAAAAGAAAGAGAUGCGCUAAAUAUUUUUUUAUACUUGCGUCCCUUUCGCUCCGUCACAAAUAUGCACAUCACAGUUGCGUCUUUUCAAUUCACAACAUGAGAUACUGUAUUAGUCAUACCAGUUUAGUUCAUAUUUUUAUUUGUGCAAUGUAUGACGAAUGUAUGACUAAAAUGGUAUGACGAAUGGCUUUAUAUUAGAACGCUUAUUGUGUACUGACGAUCGCAUACAUAUGUAGAUCGUACAGAAGUUAUUUGUAUUUUAAUUUUAUCCCUCAAUAUAUUAUGUAACACAAAUAAUGUAUAUUAAAUUGUAUUUUUUUUUUUUUUAGUGGGUGAUAAUGUAAUGGUAACCCCACCCGCGCUAUUGGUAUACACCGGCGGGGCACCAGUGAAGGAUGAUAGGUGAGGAUGAAGCAGGUCAGUUAGCCCAUCGUGACGAAUUCAACAAGAAUUGUUUACGAUGGUUUCCAGGGGGAACCACGUGGAGGUCGACCUAACAGGGUAUAUUGCUAGCAAUGGGGCUGUCAAACUCUAUUGCUAACAAUCCCUUUCCCCCCUAUUAAAUUGUAUUGUAUACUAACGACUCGCUCCAACUUCACACGGGUUGAUAGAAAAAUUAUAUGUAGCCUAUAUUGUGGACAAUGUACAAUAGUAUAAUAUACAACACUAGCGACCCGCCCCGGCUUCGCACGGGUGCACAUUACAUCACAUCACAUUAGAAACCUCUAAAAUUAUCAGUGUUUCUCUAUUAUGCGUGUAUUAUACAUAUAAACAUUCCUCUUGGAUCACUCUAUCUAUAAAAAAAAAACCGCAUCAAAAUCCGUUGCGUAGUUUUAAAGAUCUAAGCUUACAUAGGGACGGACAGACGGGUAGCGUCUUUGUUUUAUACUAGUGCUUAUACGUAAUGAUUAUAUUUUAAUAUACAACACGUAGAUUUUUUUUUUAUAAUAGAUUAAAUAUUUUUUAAGUUUAUCCGUUACAAACAAACAAAUAUACAAAAAAAUCCUAUUUUUCCUCUUUAUAAUAUUAAUAUAGAUAAGAAAUCACAUUUUAUUGUUUGUUUCAUUUCACAUUUCAUUUGUCAUUACAGCUCCACCGACAAGAGCGCAGUUCUUAUAAGUUCUUAAAAUAUUGUUUUGAUACAUAUUACCGUCUAUUUGGUAAUACAAGUUGGUAAUGGUUUAAAAAGAUAUUUAAAAAGUUGUUAUUAAGUGUAUUUAAUUGUUAUUCAACGGUCAGGAGUUGUGUUUAUGUACGAUAAAAAUUAAUAAAAAUAGGUCUUAAUGAAAAAUUCUUCAAAAAAAGUUGCUAAUUUUUUUAAUAAUAAUCUUCUAUCUUCACUUAAAUCCAGUCUCUAAAUAAUACAAAACUAAGUUGCUUUCUGCCGUCUGUACGUUUAGAUCAUUUAAACUACGCAACGGAUUUUAAUGCGGUUUACAUCAAUUGAUAGUGAUUCAAGAGGAGGGUUUAUAUUUAUUGUUUUGUUUGUUAAUUAAUAUAACGAUAAUUGUUUAAGAUGUCGGAAUCUAAUCGACUGACAACUUUCAUCGAAAAUGCUGAAAUAUAACAAAAUGUAUGAUGGAAUCGUUCCCCUUUAUUAGAACUACAAAAAAAAAAUCAAUGAUGGCAUUCUAUAUUACAUAGAUAGGUUUCUAUAAGCAUUUUAAUGAUUAAAAAAAAAUAUACAAAUUGGUGAAGCAACUUAAUAAUAAUCACAAUUGUUCCUUUCGAUAUUUGAGCCGGGUCGCCGGCUGGUUUUUACCUCGCUUUUCGUAAUUUGAAAAAUAGAAUAGGUACUCACCUGCGAACAAUUCCAGCAGCUCUCUACAGGAUCCGGUGUUCUGAUGGUCAGAAAGAUGACACGAAACACAGCAGAAAUAUAUUAUUCGUUAAUUAAUUUGUAGGAGAGCGGCCAGUCGCGGUUACUCAUACGAUGUUCGAAACGGAAGAAGCGAUAGGCGCGAGAGGGCAGCACCGACAAAGAUCGGACGCAAUCAGUCCAUAGCCCACAGCUAACUACUAAAAUUGCGAGCAUGCAAAGUACCUAUUCCUUAUAUAUAACGAAAAGCGAGUAGGCACAAAUAUUAAUAUAAAUAAUAACAAAUUAUCUGGAGUUUUUUUUUCUUUAAUGGUUGAUAAUGGAAUGGUAACCCCACCCGCGCUAUCGGAAUACAUCGGCGGGGCACCAGUGAAGGAUGAUAGGUGAGGAUGAAGCAGGUCAGUUAGCCCAUCGUGACGAAUUCAACAAGAAUUGUUCACGGUGGUUUUCAGGGGAAACCACAUGGAGAUCGACCUAUUAGGGCAUAUUGCUAGCAAUGGGGCUGUUAAACUCCAUUGCCAACAAUCCCUUUCCCCCAAUUAUGUGGAGUUUGGAAAGCUAUUUAGACCGUACACCACAUUGUUUCUAUAUUGCACCCGUGCGAAGCCGGGGCGGGUCGCUAGUACAUUAUGUCAUAUAGAUAUAUUAUAUGUGUUACAUAUAUAUGUAAAAUGAUUAUACAAAAUUAAUAUUUUGUUACUGUAAUAGUGAUAUAUAACAUUUGGUAAUUAUUUUUAAAUGUUAUCGCUUAUUUUGUAAAUAUUAUACGUAAGUACCGCAUCACACACGCCUUUGAAUGUAUUUCAUUAAUUUAAUUUUCGUAUAUAAGUAUUGGCGUUUGUAAUACUGAGAAUUAUCAUUUUAUUGUUUUAAUUUUGUAAAUAAAUACGCAGGUCAUGUAAUACAAUAUUUUUGAAAAUAUACCACUAUUUAGAA